AUGGCCAGAACUUCAGACAUCCGCGUCCUCUUUGAACCUCUGUCGAUCCAAGGCCGUCAACACGAGACUCUUGAUCUCCUUGCAGAUGACGUCGACUGGACAAUAAUGGGCCACUCACCCAUGUCGCGCAAAUACACCGGCAAGCGAGACUUUGUCGACAACACAUUGAAAGUGCUUAGAGAGAGGGUGCUUACGGAGCCACUGCGGUUGGAGGUCAAGGGCGUGGUGGGGACUUUGGAAGGCGAGGGAGACGACAUCCACGGCGAGGCGGCCGUAGAACUAGCGGCCAUCGAGGCCGUGUGUAAGAACGGGUUGACGUAUGAUAUGCGAUAUGUUUGGAUCUGCAGAUUCCAGAGGGGGCGAAUUGUGCGAGUCCGCGCCUACCUCGACACCGACCUCCUUAGCCGUGCAAUGGAACAAAAUCCAUGA